AUGAAAUCGACCACUGCAUUGAAAUCAGAGUUGGCAGUUCUAUACGGACUUGAAGGAGUUGGACUGGAUCCCUCCCAAUUCAGAGUCCAUCACCAUUACCAUAAAGAUGAGGAGAAUGAUGCCUUGGUUGGUGGCCCAGCUCAGCUCACUGAUGAGGAGAAAUAUAGGGAUUGUGAAAGAUUCAAGUUUUGCUGCCUCAAAUGUGGAACAGAAAAUAUUUAUGACGGUGUCUUUGACGGUUCGGGGCAAUUUAUUGAACCCAGCUUGCAAAGGUGCAGUAAGACUGAAUGUGAAGAGCCUCCUCUCAACUAUGUGGUUCAAAUGAACAACAAAUUACUGUUGGAUAUUAGACGCUACCUGAGAAAGUACUAUAAUGGUUGGUUAAUAUGUGAGGAGCCAACUUGCCAGAAUCGAACCCGUCGACUUCCCCUGAGUUUUUCCCGGAGUGGCCCUGUGUGCCAGGCCUGCAGGAAGGCUGUUCUGCGACCAGAGUAUUCUGAUAAGGCCCUGUACACUCAGCUCUGCUUUUACCGGUACAUUUUUGAUGUGGACUAUGCGUUAGAUAAAGUGAUUGCUGAAGAUAAGAGAGGAAUCAAUGGAUUUGAAAUUGGUUAUCAUGCAUGCAAUUUCGUGAUAACUGGACACAUAAUUCAGUUGUUUCAAGUAUUACGUAAUGUAGGAAGUCAAAAGUGUAGCUUCGUGGUUGGAAGCAAGUGUGUCCAUAAUUUUGCAAGAGCAGCAGAUGUUGGAACAUAA